AUGAGCCUUGCAACACAGAUUAAAAUCCAUUAUGAGUUCUUUGAGACUCAAGAGUUUAGUGAUGCGAAAAUAUUGGAGUUAUGUACAAGAUUCAUCAACAUUUUGAAUAAUUUUGUCUAUGGCAAGUUGAACACUUUAAGAGAUAAAUUUUCUGCGUUGGAAUGUUUUUUCUAUCAAUUUUUGUUAAUUUUUUCAAGAUAUUUAAAUUUCAAAACUGUGGAAACCAUGAUGAUGGUGAAAUCAGGACCCGUUAAUGGAGAUGUUCAUUUCAAUAGCUCAUUAUCAAAAAUUUUAAACACUUCUUCAAACAUACAAGGUGAUGAAAAUUUCCAAGUGUUGGUUCGAUUAAGGGACAAACUUUUAGGUAUAAUUGGGAAAAAUUCAUUGAAGAAUAAGAGAAUUAUGAAAGUUUUAGAUGUUAUAAAGUCUGUCAAUUCAUUUGAAUUAGAUUCUACAGCUUUUACUAAAACAGCUUCAAAUGAAAACUAUUUGACUGAGGAAUUGAAAUCUUUGUUAGAAGAUCCCGUGUAUGAUGUUUUGAAGAGUAUAACAGAUUACCCAAAUAUGGAUAGUAACUUCAUUGAUAAUAAGUACACAAUGAUCUGA